AUGGAUCGGGCGGCCCCCGUGAGGAGCUCCCACACCUCGACGGCCGGCCUGCUCGCGUGGCCUCACCCCGAUGGCGCCGGGUCGCUGCCAGCACGCCGGCCUAACCAGCCGACGGAGGAAUUCAGGAAGGUGGUGUUUGGGGGUCAGGUCACCGAGGAGGCUGACGGCCACAACAAGACGAAGAUGAGGACGACGGGCUCCGCGCCCAAGUCGAAGGAGAUAACAGGGAUCGGCAUAUUCAAGGCCGAGAGCGCCGCCGCCGCCGUCGCAACUGCCUCCCGUGAUCGUCAGGCUAGCCAGAUCACCUUUUCUCAGGACGGGACCAUUCCUCCCAGGAAGCCAACUUCAGUUGCUGGGGUGGCGAGACAGCGUGAGCUUAGCCAUACCUUUGAGAGUGAGGGGGACAGUAAGAUGAAGCGGCAGGUGUCCAGUGCAAAAUCCAAGGAGCUCGGUGGUCAUGACAUCUUUGCUGAUCAUGAAGAUCCCAAGCCCAACAGGUCAAGGAGAUCAGACUAUGGCAGCUCUUCUGCUCUGUCACCUGUAAAAAAUGCAAAUGUGAGCUCCUUCUCGUUUGGAGAGGCCGACACGGACAGCACAGUGAAAACAGCAAAGAAGAAAGGGACCAGCAACAAGUCUACUGAUCUGAAUGGCAAGGUUCUGAUCCACAGCUCUCGAUUCCGGAAGUUUCGGACCCGGAUAGAAUUUGCAGGGAUGCCAGAUUGGAGGGUGCGUGAGUUUGAAGGUAAAUUCACUGAUGAGUUUGCCCACAGUAAUAGCAACGAACAUGAAGGUGGAGUUGAGGCUCCUGGUGUCACUAGUAGUAAGAAGUUGAAGCAUGCAGUUGCCAGUGAGAAAGUCCAAGGUCCCAUCCCCAGAACAAAUAGCUCAGAUUCACCGAGAUUUAAUUCAGAGGACAUCCAACGUGAGAACAGGAUAGUAUCCCAGAAUAUAAACAGUGCCGGUGACUGCAUAGGAGACAGCAAAAAUGGUUCCAAUGCCUUUCCUUCAAGAGAAGAAAAUACAGUCGCUCAAACCAGAUGUCCAACAGAUAACUGGAACUGCUGUCAGUUUGCACUGAGCAAUGGUUCAUCCAUUCUCAAUAACCACAGUGCUCCGCAGGAUAGCCUCACUUAUGGAGAUAAUGAUCUAAACUACAUCGAUUGGCCUGGCAUUGAUAAUUUUGAGGAUGUUGACACAUUAUUCAGGUCGUCUGAUUCCACAUAUGAUCAGCAGCAGCUGGAGAAUGCAGAUGGGUUGUCUUGGAUUCCUUCUUCAGAUGCUGUUUACUCUUCUGAUGUUGCUAUGCAGCAAGGGUUUGACUCGUCUUAUUCAGAUUAUGGUAUUCUGGAUGAUCUCUCAGCAUUCCAAUGUGCAGAAGAUAAAUCACUACCCUCAGUUGAUCCUUCAUCAGCUUUAUGUGAUAAUCAAUUCAAUGAUACCUACCUGUUCAGUGAGCAAAAGAAUGUGAAUGGAUAUGGCGAACAGAUAUACCAAGGGGAUGUGAUGGAGUUGUUGCCCACUGACCAGAUAUGCAGUGGACAUGAAAACAUUGAUAUGGUUGGAAACCAGUAUUCAUCUGAAAAUGCAAUUCAAGGUAUUGAAGACAAGAAAUUCUCUAUAGUGUCAACUUCUCAGCUGAGCUCCUCUCAGAAUUUACUGAAUCAAAGGCACCACUUAGAUUCCAGUUCACCAAGCAACAUUACUUCUGAGUCCUAUCCAGAAAAGUUCGGUCCACCUAGUGGUUCUUUUGCACAAAGGAAUUCAAAAGCGCAGAAGAAAACUGUGAACAUGCAACCAAGACAGCCAACAAAUGAUAAUGUCAUGAACAGACAUCCUCAAACAUUAACAAGAAGAGCUUCUUAUCCUUGUGAGAGCUAUGAAACUGAAAGAAAAGGAUUAGGGAAAAGAACUCGGGGGGAUCCUCAAGUUACAAUGGGUACUUCAAUGGUAGUGGAUGGCUCAUUUGUAUCAUCUAUGUCCUCUGAUAACUCAGUUGAAGAAAGCAGCUUUCGACAACUGCAGGAUGCUGUUAGUCAGCUGGAUGUGCAAACCAAAUUGUGCAUUAGAGAUGGUUUAUACCGAUUGGCACGAAGUGCGCAACAUAGGCAAGUUUUUCCAAAUAUGAUGAACAGCAAUGGAGAUAGCCAGGAUGUAAAGGAUUUGCAGAAUGCAGAAACUUCGCGCAAGUUCGUCGAUCCUCGGAGCAUCGAGACGCAGACAAACCCGGUCGAUCGGUCUAUAGCUCUGCUACUUUUCCACCAGUCAUCGGACCAUGCGGCUGUGGCUGUUGACGAUGCCUCAUCACUAAAAUCCCCUGCUGAUAACAAACAACACCAGGGCCCUGCUGCUAACCAAGCCCUUAUGCCAGCUUCAUCGGUGUAUUCCCCAGGAGGUCAGGCGACCCCCAAGGAUGUACAAUCCCUGGACAAGUACUGA